AUGCCUCCUCGAAAGAGGCAACGCCCCAAUCCCACUCUGCUGAGCUCGCUGAGCUUGCCAACCACAGCUCUGUCGCCUGAGACGUCACUGUCACGAGCGUCAUCUGCCUCGGCGCAGCAAGCUAGCGACCAGAAAAAGCCUCCACAAGCCGAAUCCAACAGCGAACGCAAGUCUUCUGAUGCGUCACAAAGAGUGAAAGAGAUCCGGAAGACCAACAGCUGGUACGCUUCGUGGUCGAAGCCCCAGAAGGCGACGGCCUCAACAUCGGUUGCUCGGGAAAAUAUUCUCGGAGGCACCGUCAAAUCAAGGAAUGCGCCCGACUUUUCUCGAUUUGAAGCAAAACGAAGCGAAGACGACGCGAGCAUAACCGACGACGCCGACCCGGUUCUACCACCCCCUACAAUAUCAACCAACACCUCGAAUACCUCAAAUAUAGACAAGAAAUCAGAUGCGAAUAAAAGUGUGGACUCUCUACGUCUAGGAGACAAGAAACCUUCGGAUACAAAACGUGCACCAGAGAUGCCCUCAGCUCCAGAUACGAAACCCCCUGCCGAGCAGCAGCAGAAAGCUUCAGACCCUACAGCGGCGCAAGAGCAGCAACCACCUCCAGAGGCUCCCACCGACAAAGAUGGUCCAGCAACUGAUGCUCCACAGAAGCAGGUUCCUUCGGCUGGCUGGUUCGGCGGCUGGUGGGCUAAGCCCGCGCCGGUUGAACCCCCUGCAAAACCUACUCCGGGCCCUGAGGAAAUCAAGGAAGAAGCUACGAAGCCUGCCGAAACCAUCGAGCCUGCCGAGGCAGCCCCGCCCUCAGAACCAGCGCCUCCUUCUGAACCUGUGUCACCUGAGAACGUUGCAGAAGCUCCACAAGCAACCUCUUGGUUUGGCUAUUGGUAUUCAACUCCUCAACCCAAAGCAAAGGCAGCUCCAAAGACACAGCCGGAACCAACCAAGGAGCAGCCAGUUCCAAAAGUACAAAUGUCUCCAAAACAAGGAGCGGAUACAAAACCCACGGGCCCACCAGGCGAAACGGCUGUCCCUAAUGAUGAACGCAAGAAAGGGUCGACCGUUUCAGUCUCACGAGCUUCGAGCAAAAAGUCCAAGAUAGACCUCAACGAGGAUUCAAAGGGUAAGGCUGGAGAUGUGCCAGCCAAAAACACCACAGAACCUGAGCCAGAGGCAGCUCAGAGUCCUCCUCCGAAAGCGGGCUCUACUUGGGCCUUCUGGUCAAGAGACUCUCCGAACAGCAAAGGGAAGACUACCUCACCAGAAUCGGGACGAAUUGCUGUGAUAGGAGAGGGAUCUGAGGUCCAGCCAUUACCUAUCGCAGAGAGAAGAAUCUCCGAAUCGGCGACCAAAGAUUCCAAAAACGACGCUACACCGCCAGAGCCGCCAGCAGGCGUCUUGUCUUGGCGCAGAAGUAAGCGAAUUAGACCUAUAUCAAUGGACCUCGAGUCUGUUCGGCCACCGUCAGCAGACAGCACAAAGUCAGCUCCCGUCGACCGACUUUCUACUACUCCUCAUUCACAAGUCAGCAGUGAACAAGAGCUGCCUCCCUCAAAGCCACUGGUUAGGACAGAUUCCAAGAAGAAGAAACCCGUGUCCGUAACGAAGAAGCCAUCUACUGAAAGCGAAGCCACUGUAAAGGAACCACCGAAUGUUCUCCUUCCUUCGUUUUCUAGCACCUAUCAGAUGAAAGAAAACCCCUCGAUCCUACGACAGAUUACGAAUCUGGUGCUUCGGACUUCGCAACCACCUCCAAACCACGUUUUUCGGGUCAAGGACCCUCCGAAGAUCCGCAAGGCCGUCGCCAUUGGGGUUCACGGGUUUUUCCCAGCCUCAUAUUUGCGUCCCAUGAUUGGCCAACCGACGGGUACAUCUUUGCGAUUUGUAGGACUUGCUGCUGAUGCCAUUCGCAAAUGGGCUGAAAGCCAUGGCUGUUCUGAUUGUGAGAUUGAAAAGGUUGCCCUCGAAGGAGAAGGCAGAAUCAAUGAUAGAGUGGCAAACCUGUGGAAGCUUCUUCUGAACUGGAUUGAGCAUAUCCGCCAGGCUGAUUUAGUAAUUAUCGCUUGUCACUCUCAGGGAGUGCCGGUCAGCAUCAUGCUUUUGGAGAAGCUGAUUGACCUUGGUGUCCUGACAGACACUAGAAUCGGUGUCUGUGCCAUGGCUGGCGUGGCACUUGGCCCCUUCCCCGACUACAAGUCAAGCAUACUCAUGGGCUCAGCAGCUGAGUUGUGGGAGUUUGGAGAUCCUCAGAGCAAUAACUCGCAACGAUUUGAGGCUUGUCUCAAGCGCGUUGUUGAUUUUGGAGCUCGUAUUACGUUCGUGGGCAGUAUUGAUGACCAGCUUGUUCCCAUGGAGUCUGCUGUAUACUCGCCUGCAAACCAUCCUUACAUCUACCGCGCCGUUUUCAUUGACGGUCGAGUACAUGCUCCGGAUUUCAUAUCGCAUCUUAUCGGGUUCGCACUCAAACUGCGUAAUUUAGGAAUAUCGGAUCAUGGCCUCAUCCGUGAGCUGUCUGCGGCCCUUGCUGGAUCGCUAUACUCGGGCGAAGGCCACUCACGCCUCUAUUUCGAUUCGGCUGUAUAUGAUCUUGCCAUCAUGCACGCCCUGGAAACGACCAGCACGGCACAACCAACCCCCUGUGUGAUCCCAAAGCGAGAGACGACGCCUUUGGCGUCGUCGAAUCCAUAUGUCCUACCAUGGAUCAUGCGAGGUCUCUUAGAAGAGGAUUUCGUCAAGACGCAGCUUAGCGCUGAAACGGAAGAGCUACUGCGACAAUUCGACGACUGGAAGCCAACCAACAAAGCCCUCAAGGACGUAAAGUACCGUCUCGAGGUUGUUCGUUCCAAACUAUGA